AUCCUCAGAGAGACCUGCUGGAAACAUGACCACCAUCAGGGGGAUAUAGACGCGUUCUCCGGUCAGAUGAAUCGACAAACCUGCUGCGUUUGGCGUUAUUCUCCAAAGGACGUACGAGAGGACGAGGCAGGCGUUGCAGGAAAGACCCGAGCCGACAUCAUCACCACCAUCAUCAUCAUCAUCAGCCGCUGCGCUGGUUGAGGCGAGGUCACCGCAGAUUACCACGGUUCCCAUGAUCCCUUGUGCCUUGAUCCCAAUCUGACACACCUCGAACGACCUCCGACGACCUCAUCAGCUUCUUCCAGUCCUGUUAUCGAUAUCUCAGAAAGGAUGUGAGUAGGAGAAGGACUGAGGGGUUAGGACACCCGGGUAACCAAGAGAGGAAGCGAGGACCACGCGGCUGCUAUGGACUGAAGGGUCAACUGAAACCAGAUCGCGCUGGCUUUGAUUGGAAGUUGACAAUGGUGUUGUUUCUGAUCGGGAUCACCAUCGCCGUGAAUAAUUCAUCUCAUGAGAACCAAACCGCAGGAAACCCCACCCAUCAGGGUGCUCAUGUGCUGCCCUCGACGCUGGUCAUAUCCCUGCUCCUCAUCAUCGUCGUCCUGCUGACGAUCUACUGUCUGAGGUUUAAAAACCACAGGAAAGCUCUCGUUACCUCGGUGGAUAAAAAGAUUCCAAAUGGCUUCAUGGAGGAACAAGGAGAGCAGACAGUGGUCCUCCUCCCCAGAUCCCCCUCGCCGUCCAAGAGGUAUUUCCCCAUCCCUCUGGACUCGCUGGAGGAGGAGUACCGGAUACGCUCGGCGGACGACGGCAAGCUCUUCAGAGAAGAAUUCAACUCGCUGCCGUGUUACUACCACCACGGGUCCUUUGAGGAGGCGAGCAGAGAGCACAACAGAGAGAAAAACAGAUACCCCAACAUUUUACCAUAUGAUCAUUCCAGAGUGGUGUUAAGUCAUCUUGACGGACACCCGUGUUCAGACUACAUUAAUGCAUCGUACAUAGACGGUUUUAAGGAGAAGAACAAAUUCAUUGCAGCUCAAGGUCCGAAGCUUGAGACGGUGGCCGACUUCUGGCGGAUGAUUUGGGAGCAGAAAACGACGACUAUAGUGAUGCUGACGAACCUGAAAGAAAGGAAGGAGGACAAGUGUUUUCAGUACUGGCCAGAAAAAGGCUGCUGGAUGUACGGGAACGUCCGGGUGGCGAUGGAGGACUUCACCGUGCUGGUGGACUACACCAUCAGAAAAUUUUGCGUUCAAUAUCAGGGCAGCGACGGUCCCCGAGCUCCCCGGCUGGUCACCCAGCUCCACUUCACCAGCUGGCCAGACUUCGGGGUGCCGUUCUCGCCCAUCGGCAUGCUGAAAUUCCUUAAGAAGGUCAAGGCUGUCAAUCCGUCAUAUGCUGGACCCAUUGUUGUGCACUGCAGCGCCGGGGUGGGGAGGACCGGGACGUUCAUUGUCAUUGACAGCAUGAUCGACAUGAUGCACAUGGAACAGAGGCUGGAUGUCUUCGGCUUUGUGAGCAGAAUACGAGAGCAGCGCUGUCAGCUCAUCCAGACAGAUAUGCAGUACUCCUUCAUCUACCAGGCUCUGCUGGAGUACUAUCUGUAUGGAGACACGGAGCUAGAUGUGUGCUCUCUGGAGGGCCAUCUGCAGAGGCUUCACAACACCAGGGCUCCCCACGACAGGCUGGGCCUGGAGGAGGAGUUCAGGAAGCUGACCAACGUUCGCAUAAUGAAGGAGAACAUGAGAACUGGGAACCUCCCCGCCAACAUGAAGAAGAACCGCGUGCUUCAGAUCAUUCCGUAUGAUUUCAACCGAGUAAUACUGUCAGUGAAAAGAGGACAGGAGUUCACCGACUACAUCAAUGCCUCCUUUAUUGAUGGCUACAGGCAGAAGGACUAUUUUAUCGCAACCCAGGGCCCCCUGUCUCACACAGUGGAGGACUUCUGGAGGAUGGUGUGGGAGUGGAGGUGUCAUUCAAUCGUUAUGCUCACCGAACUCAAAGAGAGGGAGCAGGAGAAGUGUUUCCAGUACUGGCCAUCAGAGGGCAGUGUAACAUUUGGAGAUUACACCGUGGAGCUGACUGGAGACACGCAGUGUGAAACCUUCACGCUCAAAGACAUGGUGCUCACCUACAGACCCGAAAAGCAGUCACAACACGUCCGACACUUCCACUUCCACGGAUGGCCCGAGAUCGGAAUACCGGCCGAGGGACGAGGAAUGAUUGACAUUAUUGCAGCUGUGCAGAGGCAGCAGCAGCAGUCUGGGAACCGUCCCAUAAUUGUGCACUGCAGUGCUGGUGCGGGUCGGACCGGAACCUUCAUCGCCCUCAGUAACAUUCUGGAGAGGGUGAAAGCUGAGGGCCUCCUGGACGUCUUUCAGACAGUCAAGAGUUUACGCAUGCAGAGACCACACAUGGUUCAGACUGUGGAGCAAUACGACUUCUGCUACAGAGUGGUUCAGGAUUUCGUCGACAUCUUCUCAGACUACGCCAAUUUUAAAUAAUAAAAAAAAAAAAAACACCUGUCAGAUACGCUUCUGUACGCUUUCUGGCAUAUCAACUUAUGCAUUUUUCUUUUUCCUGAAUGUUAUUUUCUAAUAGCGAGCUCUUUUUACAUUUUGCACUUGAUUACAGAUCUCAGUGUUGUAACAUACUGUAAUAUAAUCCAAAACAUCUGUGCUCCAGGAGAGUCCGUCUCUGUCAGGAAUGUUUAAUUUUUCAAGUUUCCCAACUCGAAAUACAGCAACUCCAGCAGUUUGCUGAAUGGGUCGGUUUGAUUCUUGAAUAUGUGAAAAUAAAAUAGAAAUUAAAGUUUUAUGUUGCUUAAGUGCAACAUUGUAAGAACCAGUAAAGUGUUUAAGAGGACAACUGUAUUACAACCUUAUAUAUAGUAAAUAAUGUGUGUAUAUAUAUAUAUAUAUAUAUAUAUAUAUAUAUAUAUAUAUAUAUAUAUAUAUAUAUAUAUAUAUAUAUCCUGUAGUAUGUAAGCUCACUCCCUGAAUGCAUCGCUCAUGUGUUUUAGAGUUCAUGCUUUCUCUUUUACUUCUGCUUGAUUUUGUUACUGACCACAAUGCCUUUGGGUUUCAGUAGUCGUGUAUUUUACAGCCGCCCGCUCAACAUGUCUGAUUUGCUACGAGGAGAAUAAAUUGUGUGUAUGAUUAUUAGGGUUAAAAUGAUUAAUGCUUUUUCUAAAUCGAUGUCCUGUCCGACACGUGUAAAUAAUAUUUAUGAUCUACUUUUAGCUCAAACCGAAAAAAAAAAAAAACAUUAAAAAAAAAC